AUGGAGACACUCCUUCGUCUCAACCAGGUCUCUGACACAGACGAUAGCCAGCCCAUCUACGAAGUUCAUAACCUAGAAGCUGGUGUAGAUAGUGUACUAAUGCCAGUAGAGGACGAGCCAGUCCCCAGCGAGACAGUUUAUGAUGUUUUUGAUCUAGAUUCGUAUUUCAAUGCCAAGGAUGAACCUGAGGAUGAUCACAAAUACCCCGAUUUGGAUCUGCGCCUCAACAAAAACGAGGAUAAUUCUGAGAAACCCUUUGAAACCUUUGACCUUAAAGCAUGUCUCGAGGAUGAGGACCUCUUCAACUUGGCCCUCCAAGUCAUGGAUAUCUAUGACCAUUUUGACGACAAGGAUUCCCAUCAAGUGGCACAUAGCACCCCUGAACCAGUUCUGUGCCCUGAUGCUGAGAAAUUUGACGAGACCCUGCAUGAGAGGCACGAUUUGGACUCUCAUUCCAGCAAUGACACUCCCUGUGCACUUGACAAGGAUUAUGAUUCUGAUUGGGAGUAUAUCCAAAAAAUCAAAAGCCGGCAGCCACCAAGGAUUAUUGAGACUCAAGUAGACGAUCCUUCGCCACUCACGCAAGAUCCUAGCUCUAGCCAGGUGGUAUUUGAGAGCUUUGGCCUUGAGUCCCAAGGCAAUGACAGUAGUAGCACUUGGUCCAUCGGCACAGUUGACCAAGCCAAGAAUUACUAUCGGCAGCUCUUGGAAUCUGAGCACAUACGCGAAUUUGGGCACCCUUAUCUUGGCGCCAGUACUACAUCUAAGAAACCCUCAUUUUUGGCUAUGGUAACCGCCAAGAUUCAAGGACAGAUUAGCAACCACCCAUGCAAUAUGCUAAUUGACACCAGCAGCGAGCUCAACAUCAUGACAAGCGAGCAAGCUUAUGCUCUAGAACUCCCAGUCGACCCUACUGGCGCCAUGUGGACUCUUUGUGGUGUAUCUGGACACCAAGUCACCUUAGAAGAGCAAAAGCUUAAAGAGCCAAGGCCUGACAGCCUUGACUAUGUUCUAGAAGGACGGGAAGCAGCCCAUGCUGAGGAUUCAAGAGCUGCUGCAGGUCCCUUGGCACUGUCUGGUCUGAAUUCCAUGGGAAUUGUCGAGCACGUUGGUACCGCUAAGGGAUUGGCUGCAGCACAAGAUUUCCCAUGCAUGCAUCAUGAGCCCAUUGUUGCAGAGUCAUCGCCUGUGAUCGCUCAGAACUCAGAGACUGGAUGCACCAUUGUCAAGCCUGAAUCAACGGAGGCAGCGAUGAUAGCUCGCAUUGCGCCGAAGUCUUUCACUGGACUUGAAAUCUGUCUCCUGGUUAACAUCUUGACUGCUAAAGAGAAGCCCAUUGUCCAUGCCGAAGUCAUUGAAGUCACACACCUGCCAGAAAGCCACAAACGCUCCAGUGGGAGCCAUGAGGAUUAUUUAUGCCAAUCCCAAGAGCUUAGCUCCAACAGUUAUGACAAUCAGGUUGAGAAUUCAGAUUUGGAAUUCCCUCCAAGCCAGCUGCGAUGGUUCAGACUGCAUAUGGUAGACAAGAGGCUUUGCAGUGGCGCCCUUGUGUUGCAAGAAUUAGAUGGGAUGGUCCUCAAACAUCCAUCUUCCACAGGUUAUGAGGAACCAGACAAUGAGGCAAAUUGUGCAUCCUACACCACUAAGUCUAGGCACCUGACGCCACCCAAGCCCUGGGAACUCGAGGGCAAGAAGCUAGCUGAGUAUUGGCAGGAGAAAUACGAGCGCAUGCAUGCCAGAGCUGAGAAUCCAGACCUAAGGUUCCAACACAAACAUGAAUUUGAGAAGUUCAUUGAUGAGGACAUGCAAUUUUGGGAUUUCCACCAUGCCACUCAGCUUAAGGAAGAUGAACCUAGCUGUGAAAAACUUCAAGAAGGUAGACACACCUUCCGACAAUCCCCCAUCCAGCAGCAAGAGACAGAUAGUGAGCGUGCUAUAUGUGAGCUCCAAGCCAAGUUAGACCAGUCCAUGGUGCUAGUAGACAACAAGACAGCACCUAGAAGAAUGGCGUUGCCAUUCCUAGGGUCAACUCCCAUGGUGCCACCUGUCCAGAAGGUUGCACCACCUGCUGAUAGUCUCACUAGACCAAGUGAGAUGCCCGUAGCCAUAGUACCAGUGCCAAAGAUUCCACUUGCAAGGGAUUUCAUGGAGAAGGUCAUCAAGACUGAUGAGCGGACCCGUUGGGUUAGGGACAUAGACAAAGACUCCAUCAAGAAGUUCUUUGGUGCUGCACCCGAAUUCCAACCACCUGCUGUGAUCCCCAGAGACCCCAAUGAUGCACCUGCUAACAUCAAGCCAGUACCUCAGUCUCCCAGCCCCAUGGAUGAAAACCCUAAGGGGGAGUGA